UCCUCGUGGAUUCGUUGGGAGAAAAUUAAAUUAAAAAUCGUGGGAAAAUGGCUAGCAAAAUGAAUAAGGUGCAGCUUUCCAAAGGUAUUUUACAGAUGAAAUUCAUGUCACGGACAAAAGCAAAGUUCGAUAAGGAAACAGACGACGCACAAGGACGGGCGCUGUAUGCGAGCGAAAUCACCAAUAAAAUGCUGAACGAAUCGUCCAACUACGUGAUCGAGCCCAGCUAUGUGCCAUGCGAGGAACUGAUUGAGGGACGCGUUAGUUUUGGCGGAAUGAAUCCGGAAAUCGAACGGCUGAUUGAGCUGGAAACUGGCGCACAGACUGCGAAACGAGAGCGUGCCGAAGCGAUCAAAAAUAGUAAAAUGCAAACCGAUGUACCGGAUGCAGAGAUGGCCCAGUUCUAUUCUAGCGUGAUGAAAACGAUGCACAAAAAGUACGAACCCAACCGCAAGCGGCUACAACACCCGUUACCGUUAAACAUUAAACGACAGCAGUAGAUAGGUCCUACAAUAAACCACAACUUCCAUUCAUCUACCUU